AUGACGAUUGAGACGAAAGCCGGGUCUCCCACCUGUUGCAACAAGGCAACGAUCAUGCAAUCGACCGGUAUUGUUAUAAACAAUAAUCAAGCAACUAACUGUGCUAAAUGCCUGAAAGAGUCCAGCGACGACGAGGAGGAUGAUUGUAGGGUUUGUUUUAAGUGUAAACAUCACUACCAUAGACUUUGCAUAGAUCAAUGGUUAGCAAAAGAGACACGUUGCCCACUGUGUCACCCAAGGUUAAGGACAGCUUACAAUGAAACAGUAUGCCAAGUUCUUCAAGGCGCCUGCAUGGCUUCAAAGGUUGCAACAUUACACCAUAGAUUUGUGAAAGAAAAAAAAAACUAUACACAAUAUUGUAAUUAG